GUUGCCAUGGUACGGCGUCAUCGUAGGACUGGAGCUAACCUCAAAAACACUAUCCUUACGACCCUGACGACCAGGAGUAACUUACUCCCUCCUAUUCUGUGGAUAAAUACAGGACGGCGCAUUGUGAAACAAUAGUCGUGACUGUUUCUAAACGAGGACGGUCGACUGUGCCGUUUUAUAGGUUGCUGUGACGGUUGCUAAGCUAGCUAAAGUUCGCGCUAGCUCGCUAGUAGUUGAAGCUAUCUUCUCGCUAACACUCGCCGACCGAGUCCAGACAAGAAGCUCGUAAUCGCUACAAAGUGAAGCGUAAACCGGACAGAGCCGGCGAGAUUUAAAAGGAGUCACUGUUAAACGCGGGGAACGGACAGGCAGUCUCACAACAAUGCACCUGUCAACAACAGACGGUCCAUUUUAAUCCAGCCUGUUCCUGUCAGAGAGAGCGAGCCGGGGGAGCUGGUGUGUUUGUGCCACAGCUGGAGUCAGCCCUUGAUAACACGCCUCUGUUUGCUCUCAAGACGGGGAUGAUGAGGAUAUGAUGUGACCUGUAUGUGACCAAGACACACAAUACGGAAAACCUGAGAGAAACCACUCGGCCUAGCCAACUGUUUUGGAUGAAUUUUGAGAAUUUCCUUCUGGGUUGCACAGUACAAAUGCAGGAGUCAGUUUGCCAGUCUGUUAAAUCAGCAUUUCUUUUCAAAGUGACAACAUGGAAUCUGAAAGCAUAACUGACCCGUAUGAGGACAACCGGGAUGUCGGUCAAAGUCGGCAGUCGCAGCGGAGUUCAAAGAAAGAUUCCCAAGAGUCAUCCAAUCAAAAACAGAAAAAGAACUUCAGGGACAAGAUCCAGGACGAGGUUGAAAAAGACAGCUGUUCUGAGAGUAGAUCGAAAACGCGAACGUGGCGUUCGGAUCCAGACCGGGACCAGGUGUCCGAUGGAGAAGGACGGAGAAGUAGUAGGUCCUUUUACUCAGAGGACUAUGAGAAUGAGUCUCCUUCAGAGGGGUCGCUCUCACCAUACUCCCAGUCCCGGACUCCAUCCCCUAUCCCUCAAAGAGGGGUACGGGCGAAGAAGAUUUCUAACAACCCCCUCUACAAGACAGGCGGUGUGGGGCGCAGGGGUGUAUCUCGCCCACAGCGUCCAGGUGGCCAACCCCUGACCCAACAGCAUCGCAGGGGAGUGCAUUCACAAAGUAAGGAGUCCACACCCCCUAAAGACCUGGACCUGGUCACAAAGAGGAUGCUUUCAGCCCGCCUGCUGAAGAUCAAUGAAUUGCGUAACGCACUCGCUGAGCUGCAGCAGCGCACUGACGAGCUGCAGAAGGAGAAUCGAAUUCUCAGACAGCUUCAGGUACGUCAAGAGAAAGCCCUGCAUCGCUACGAUGACACAGAAAGCGAGAUUUCCCAGCUACUGUCACGCCACAACAACGAGACCCACGUGUUGCGUGAGCGGCUCAGGCGUAGCCAAGAGCGGGAACGGGCAGCUGAGCGGCGGUUGAAGGACAGCGAGGAGCAGCUUCUAAGGAGUCAGUCGACCAUCGCGCGCCUGAAGAAGCUGGUCGACCAGCGAGAGUUGGGAGCCAGAGACGAGCUAAGCCGCAAGCUAGAGGAAGAGAAGGCACGGGCCCGAGUGGCAGAACAAAAGAUUAAGGAGCUGGAGCGUAGCAUGGAGCUGAGCAACAGCAGUUACCAGAGGCAGCUGGCUGCAGAGAGGAAGAAGACCAUCAGUGCCCAGGAGGAGAUCAGGACUCUGCAGGAGGAGCUCGAACGACUGACCAAUAAACUCAAGGAGAAGGAAAGAGAACUGGAUGCCAAGAACAUCUAUGCCAACCGCAUGAUGAAACCCUCACCAAAAAAAGAUACUGACAGUGGCACAAAGCGGAAAGUUCCCAGCAGGAACAGCUCCAAGGCUGUGCAGACUAAAGACAGGCUAUCUAGUCUGGAUUUCCCCACUCCUCCCCCUGCCAUCGCCGAUGCCAAUGAGUACAGCGAACAGGCACCUGACGAAUACUUAUCACUCAAGGAUCUUGACAGAGAGGACAGACAGGCAGAGACUGAAGACAGGCAUCAAAAGUGGGAACAGCACAAGACGAGAGACAGGGAGAAAGAAAGCGACAAGGAGAAGGAGGUGGUGAAGGAGAAAGAGCAACUCAAUCAGGAGCUAAAUGUUCUUGAGGAGAAGGCAAAGAGGCUCAGAGAUGGUUGGGAGAAAGAAAAAGAGGAAAAAGACAGAAAUAGGACAAGUUCUCUGUUAAACCAGGAGGAAGAGAACAACAAGAAGGUCGGCCUUGUCCAGGAAGAGGUGAAGAGGUGGAACCAGGAUACUCAGGCCAAUCGGCAAGCAGCAGAGGAAGCGCGUCGCAAAAAAGAGCAGCUGCUGGCUAAGAUGCGUGAAAUAGACCACGGAGCCCAGGACACCAUGUUUGCUGAGUCUAGUCUUUCUGAGUCCAAUAAGUUUACCAGUAACCAUCCUUCUCCUCGUCUUCCUGAGCAGAGGAAUCACAACUCUUCCAUUUUUAACCUCACGGAAUCAGAGGAGUCGGCCAGUUUGCGCGCCGGUGCUGGAAGCCGGGAAGGUGGAAGGAGAAGAUCAGGCCUAGAGGGUGGAGCUGUUACAACGGGAGUGGGGAGGAGAGCACUACGCUCCCAAAUCUCCAAUGACGACUUGGCAUUCGGAAGCUACGCACCGUCUUUUGGAAAUUCUGCUUCCCGAGGUUCUUCGGGCUUCCCUCCACCUCCGCCCAUGGAUGACAGGGACUCUGCUUUAGAAGCAAUAGGUGUUUUUAGUCUCAGAGGGGUGGAGACGGAGAAAGACAAGGAGACGGAAAGAGGAGUGGGGCAGGACAAGAAGUCCAGCCUCAUGCAGCAGCUAUUUGGUGCCCUGGCAACACCUGCUGGUGACAGUGCGAGCACCAAUAAGAUGGAGGUCCUCAACAGUCCUCCAGCAAUCAAUGGAGUACGUCCGAGAAGGGAAGGACUGCUCAGCUUCAACUCAGGGUCUUCCACUCCUCCGUCAUCCUCCCUGAACACCCUACACGUCGCAGAUAGCAGACCUGCCGUCCGUGCCAUCACCUCGUUCGAUGAUGACAUAGAGGAACUCACUUUAUGAAAUCUAUUUCGAUUUGACGUCGUUUUUUGUAGGGGAGGUGAUUUCCAAAAUAUAAGAGGUUGAGCGAGUGAGUCUGAACACUGAUUGACUUCCCAAUUAAAAAAAUUUUCAACAUUUUAGAAGCAGACAUAGAAGAGGAAAAAAAGAUCUAAAAUAGUACAUGACUCUAUAAAUGAUAAAUGAUUUAACUUGUGUUAUUGUCUUUUUAGUGAUUCAUCUAGAAAGUAAUUCCAUGUGACCUUCGAGCAUUCAGGUGCAUGUGUGCUGACACAUGGAUUACAAAAAUAGUUGCCACAACUGUUGCUGACAUAGGGUUUUUGGACCCUUUGAUGUGUGUUUAGUUGAACUUGUGAGUGUUGUGCAGACUGCGGCUUUUACUUGUUGCACUUGUUAAAUUUGAAGAGGUUCCUCAGGUUGCAUUCCAUUAUUUUGGUAGAAUAUGAAUAUAGGAGAGCAGAGCCACAGCACACACACAAUCCCUCCUCCCCCCACCCGGCCUAGAAUAUUUGCCCAAUAAACGAAUGUAAACCAAAGUGCAAGCAAUACAGUCACUCGUUGCUGUAAGCCACAUUUCUUUGCGUUUCACAUUUUAAGCGAUUUUGCCAUAUUUCUUUUAGUAAUAAUGGUUUGGGGUUGCUGUUAUUAUCGGCUGGUUUGGGACCCUAUAUUACUUAGCGUAUCUUGCACACAUUUUAUUCCACACAGUUUGAGCACAGUACUUAAACUAUAAAUUAUUUUACAGUCCAUGCCAUAAGAAUGUAACACAAAGCGAUAUGACAAUCACAGUGUGUUUAGAGUGCCCGGCUGUUAUAUAAAAUGGGUUAUAUUUAAACCGUUUACUCUAAAACUCCAUAAAAAUGGACUGAAACAUGAUAAUGCCCUUUAAGUGUGUAUGUAAGUGUAUGUUAACAAAGACUGUUGCUAUUUGACUCACCUGACCUGAACACAUUGGGUGUUUGAGGGCAUUAACAUGAGCAUUGACUAGACUUUACAUUAAUCAAUAUUCCCUGGCAUGUUCCAGGCUCCCUGCACUGAUAUGACUCAUAGCAGACAACCAGCACUAAGCCACGAGUUAUAUUGAAGUGAACAGACAAAAUGCUUUAUUGUUAUCUAUAUUUAUUGAUUUUAAGCUCUUAUAAACUCACAUUCCAUGAUCUAAAACCUCUAUUGAUUAUUACAGCAAUCCCUAAUGUUAUCCAUGUGCAUCAGGAAGCUGUAAAAUGUCCACAUUUGAAGAGCUCUUUGUAUUUAUUCUGGCAGAUUUUACUAUUGUGACUUUCAUAAGGGAUGAAAUGUGUAACCAGUGAAAACUUUGUGGUGGAAUCAGUCUGUAUUCAUGUUUUGCAUUUUUCACAUUUUAUACUUAUUAUCCACUUGUAUUGUUCGUGUUUUAUAAGUGUUGUAUUUUGUUGAACGAAAAUAAAUGCUUAGAUAUCAGUCCGUGGCGCACGCACAUUAAUAUUCAUGCGGCAGGGAAGCCUGAUAGGGAUUCCCGGGACGUCUCCAAGCAACCAGAACCUGACGCAGCCGUCCCGCCCCUCCUCCGGUAGGUCUCUGCUCAAAAACAAGUGAACCGCGGAGCUGCUAAUAUCGGAGAGAGAGAGGGAGAGAGAGGGCUUGAGAUGGUCUCCGCUGAUGUGGCUGCUCGGAUUCAGACUGACUCCCUGUUGGACCGCUGUUGCCGCCGCUGAAGUGUUAAAGACGAUCUGCCUCUAAAACGCCAAUGGAUCCAUUAAAAAUCCUUCGAAGACCGACUUAACUGACAAAGGACUUAAACACACGACUAUGGUCAACUGUGACAACGAAAGAAGCCACCAAUGAAGAACAGAUACCUUUAUCUAUUUUUAUUUUGACACAUUUGUUAGAGAGCUUUUUGUAUUAAGCAGA